AUGAGCCAUGCUAUUGAAUGGAUUACUGAUGUACCAGGCGUGCCGCCGAGCGAUCUCGCCUCCAGGAUCUACGCACGUCUGCUGUUCCCCUUCACUGACGUUUUCUGCUUCUUCUCCACUGAUCUAGGCGGUUUUCGACAGAUCGCGAUCCAGUUAGCGGCAUGGCUAGAGAAAGGUACCUCAUCGACCCUUCCUAGAUCUACGCACCCGAGGGUGAUUAUCAUUAGUGAUAAAAUACCUCCUGGAACUGCAAGCGAAAACGAGGCUAAAAGGGCAUUUUUAUGGAUGCUCUGCGAGGAGACGACCGAAGACCCACACGAACAGUUUUCGGACAUCAGUGUGGUAGCGCUUUUCCCUGCUGGUUCGAUGUCCGUCGAAGGUCGACAUCGACGACUGAAAGAGCGACUUCUCGAUGCAUUGGAUCACACCCGAACGACGAGAGAUGAGACACGCCACCUGUUCUCUGCAACUCAUUUCGGGGCUCUGUUCGAGUAUGCACGUGCACACCUCGCAAAAACGAUUGAGCAACCGUUCAGUUUUAUCAAGGCGUCGAGGACGUACAACCCAGUUGCCCCGGACCUGGGGGAACAUCUACUAACGUUUCUUAAACACGUCAGAAUGCCUAUCGAGCUAACGGAGUUCGCAGUUCCGAUUAUCGCCUCUAGCUUCCUUCUAGACAGUUAUCCUCCGGACGCCCACAUGUUCGAUCCACGAAGCGUUUUUCAGGUCUUGUAUAGGGAUAUCCUACGCAGGUUGAGCAAGUCUCGCGUACUGACCUUCGAUGAAUCGAGGGACGUGAUCCUCGUGAGUGGCUUUAUUAAUUUGGUCGAGGAUCAAUUUGUCGAAUAUUUCGGGCAAUCCAUUCAGCGAGGGGGCAAAGCCUCGGCAGAAAUUCACAGAGAGAACCUUGAGCGCUUCCAGGACCGCUGGCUAAGUAUCCGAAGCGACAGUACCUGUUUCUCUUGUUUACGCCGCAGACCUCAAUACAACCAGCACUGUGGCCACUGCGUCUGUCAGACUUGUGUGAUGAAUUUUGGCGAUCAGAGCUCGGAUGAUCCCUGGGACUUCAAGGUGCGUCGAUGCUCCCUGUGUAAUGUCUUGCUGCCCAGAGAGAUGGUCGUCAAAGUGCAUCCUCCUACAGCCGGAGCGGGAGUCCUGUGUAUUGACGGAGGUGGGAUACGCGCCGUAAUACCGCUGGAGAUCAUGAAACGAAUACGGGAUCGUAUUGAUUUGCCGAUUCCCUUUCAAAAGUUCUUCAAGCUCGCUUUUGGGGUGAGUUCAGGGGGUUUGAUUAUCCUGGCUAUGUUCCACAAGGGGUGGUCAAUUGAACGGUCAUUGGACGUGUUUGAACAAUUAGCAAAGCACACUUUUAAGCGCCGGAAAGGUUUAGGUAUCCCCCUUCUUUCUCGUCUUCGGGAGCUUAUAGGGUCGUAUUUGGCCGACGGCCUUUAUGCGGCCGAAAAUAUUGAAGGCGCCUUGAAAGAGGUAUUUGGUACGGAGGGGAGCAUUCUCGACUAUUCGUACGCAACAUCAAUAGGGACGAGGAUCGGUUUGCCUGUCGCUACGGUUCACGACAGGCCGUCGUGUCGUAUAUUCACCAAUUACAAUGGUGUUGGAACACAGGAUCGACACCUAGGUGAGCCCGUGGAGCGCUCGCCUGCUGAAGUAGCUGACGAGGCCACAGACCAAGUCAUCAAACCGAAAGACGGUCUCGGAAGAGUGCCCGUUUGGGAGAUAGCACGAUCAGCCUCAGCGGCGCCUGGCUUUUUCCCGCCGAAGCACAUCGAUGAAGUUGGCACGUUUCAGGAUGCGGGUCCUCUGGAGAACGAUCCACUCAUUUCCGCUCUGUCCGAAUUCACUUCAGCGUUCCCGUUAACUGAAGAACCAGACUUUGUUAUUUCUCUGGGCACUGGCCAGCCGAAGAGUGACACGACGUCUACUACACUUACAGCCCAUCCGUGGAAGAAUAAAGCAUUACCGAGACUAUAUCGUUUAUUCUGGGAGAAGAUGCGCGACAAGAAGGUCAGACAGGCUUUCCAAACUAAUCCCCGAUAUCACCGUCUCGACGUUGAAUUCGACCGAGCAGAACCUAGGUUAGAUGAUACGAAGACCAUGUCCGAGCUGAGGUCAAAAGUUCAGGUCGACGACUCACUAUCCAGAACGAUUGAUAGUAUCGCCCGCCACAUGCUUGCCUCCCUGUUUUACUUCGAAUUAGAAUCUAUACCAGAGAAACUUAACGAUUGCUCUGCCACAUUUUUCCUGGACGAGCACCCAGUUACAGGAAACUUUGGCGACAGCUCCUUCCUCGACGCGGACGGAAACUUUCGAAAGCGUGUGGAGCUGAGCGUCUCGGAUAAAUUCACCAGACGGGCGAAUCUUGAACAAUCCGCUCUCAACACCACGCAAGUUUCGGAUCGUCAUCCUUCUGCCAUGUCAAAUGUCGAGGAGAGAAUUCAAUGCAUGGAAGAGAUGCUCCAAAAGCUCGUGAUUGUAGUGGACAAGCAUCUGCCCCGGCCCAGGCACCCGUCCGCCAAAUCGCGCAAGCAAAGCCAGUCGCCCUGGAAUACGAUCCGGCCCAUGCUUGAAGCGCUAGUGAAGGAUGUCAAGUAUGUCAAAGCAGUUGUCGAAGGAUCAGAUGUCAAUACAGGUCACGAUCGAAACACAGGAGCUCAUAACCGAAACAUGCCUCCGGAAGCUGCAUUACAGGUCUUGACUCCACCACAUGAGAGACAGCAACUUGGGGAACCCUCUGCAGACACCGCAGCACCAACUACUGUUCCAACCACUGUUCCGACCACUGUUCAUACCACUGUCGAAGCCCCAGAAGUCGAAGAAAAUACUACAGUAGACGUAACUAUGCCACGCCGUUUGCGCGAGCCUGUCUCGUCGACCAUGCCUCCAUCCGAUGCUUCAACAUACAGCGUAUCUGAAAUUCCUCGGAAUCCUGGCACCAUCGUCCCUUAUCGAGAGGAGCACGGCAUUGUCGUUCUGAUGCCAUUGAACAUGGAUCAGUGUCGCGACACCCGCUUUCUUCUCUCGCAGGCCGAGAUGCUUGGUGCGCGGCAAACGGGAAUAUUCAAGUACGUCCUGCCAGGUGAUUUUGAUCUCAGCGCAGAGGCUGCCCACAGCGUUACGACAUUUGUCUCCAGCUUUACGUCCAGUCUCGGUCAGGACGACAUUUUUUGUAUUUCGCGGCAAGAGAAACUGGAGACGCUGGACAUUAGCCAUACCGGAACUAUACCCACAGAGCCAGAUGAAUUGGCCGAAAUGUUGGAGCGUCGUCUUGCCGACCCGGAAGCCGUGAGCAAGAUGCGCUACUGUACGGAUACUCCGGCCUGGACGGCCGAAGAUCGACGACGGCUGGGCUUACCUGCGGAGUCCCUAAUCUGGCCCUUGAAGGAUAACCUAUUGGAUCACACAAAGUAUAUCGUUGACGGGCUCCAUCGGCCGUAUGGAUAUUUGUCAGGCGAGGACGGGUCUGUCUUCACCAUACAUUGUGAGGACGCAAACUUAAUAUCGUUAAAUGCCCUAUACAGUGGAAAAGAAAAAUCCUGGUGUGCCGUGGCUCAGAAAGAUGGCUACCUAGUCGAGAAUGCAGUGAAAGGUGGGAAAUGCGCGCAGAGAGUACGACACGCCUCUCGCUGGAUCCCGCGAUCGAAGCUCAAGGCCAUGGGGGCUUCCUUUGUCACAUUCGUUCAACGUCCGGGCGAAGUCGUCCUGGUGUGGGGAGAUAUCUACCACCAAGGAGGCACCGUUGGUCCGACCACCGCCGAAGCCGUGAACUAUGGCGGCCCCGAGUGGAGUAUCAAGGGCUACUCCGAUUGCAGCCGCACUUGUCCCGGACCCCCCAUUUCGAACGCGCUCUUGGAGUUCCGUAGCCCAAAUGAACUACAGCGCGAACAAGAUGACGUGGUCUCCACGGGAUCUUGUAGCUCGAUCCAGUCCCAAGGACACAAGCAGCUAGCUAGAAACCGUCGACCAGCUCCGACCCGGAGCGGUGAGACGGCGAGGACAGAAUUUGGGAUCGGCAAGCAAGGAAAGGGACCCCGAAAGAGGCACGGAGACGUGCAGACCGCGCAGCAGUCCAGAAAAAAGGCCAAGAUUCGGACCACACCCAGUCCAGCCGAUACGAUAAUGAAUGAAACCAAGGAUGUCGCCGAUCUUGUCUCACGGAUGGUGGCGGCUAUUCAGAGUAGAGAUGCUAUCAAGCAGUUCUUCGAUAUCGUCCAAGGUCGUCGAGACACCGAACCAGGAUUCAGAAUGAAUUCCAUCACAAGUCCUUCCAAAAGACAAAUCCAAAGCGAAGAUCCUACCCGAAUGGUCGAGAACGAUAUGAAUGUCAUCAGCAUGCUCUCUCGUAAGACAGCCUUUCAUGGCUUUCUUACUCGGUUAUUCCAAGUCCGUCUUGCCGAUCAUGUCGACAAGCUCAAGGGUGACCGUCUGAGGAGUGAGACAGCCGUCAUUGCGGACAUCCUUCGGCGCACGGGGAUGUCGAAUCGCCAGUACUCAUACCACCGAGAGAAGGGCGAGAAGUGGCGGAAAUAUCACGAGGCCUUUCCCGGUAUCCUUUGCUUCAUCCCCGUUGGAAAUCGACGAUCUGGUUUUUCUUCAAGCUCCUGGCUUGACCUCAACGAAAGAAUAUUUGCCUUCCUAUGUCCUCGUCUAGACGACGAGCACACGUCUGCUCUCUGCGUCGCGGGGAGAGCAUUCGAACACUCAUUGGACCCAACAGCAGACGAUGUUGAUUUCAUCUGGGAGAGUCAGAAUGUAUCUCUGGAUAAAAUUUCGAAGGCAAAGUUGCUCUCUACUCUAGAGCUCUUCCCAGCAAAGCACGAAAACGUCUAUGAUCCUAAUGCGUACCCAGAUUGGCCCAGACCAGACGAAUGGCCCGACGAUUCGCCGUGGCCGGUUGAUCCAACGUCUCUGCCUCCUUCUGGUGGGGUUGAGUGCAAGGACAAGAACCGAGGCUUACAAGCCGUCGCGUGGGAAGCGGGCCAAAUCGUGUAUUCGGAGGGCGAUAUUAUCGGCUUCAUCACCGGCGAAUUAUCGCCUCCCGAUAUGUACGCCAACGGUCGAUGUAUACAAGUGGACCGGAACGAUAUUCUUGGCGAGCCCACAGUCGCCCAGAUAAACAGUGCUAAGUGCGGCAGUGUCUACAGGUUGGCUAAUAGCAGCUGUGAUCCAUCGGCCCGCUUCAGGGGGAUGAGGGUAUCGGGGAAGUUUAGGAUUGCAAUCGUUGCUGCCCGAAAUAUCUUUGACGGGGAAGAGAUCACGGUCUACUACGGCAAAAGAUAUUGGGGAAGGGCAAAAUGUCGAUGUCCAACUUCCCUCCCAUAUCUCCUGGCGUCGGCCAACCUCAUGCAACAACCAGUCUCCGCCGAACGGGUGACGGGGGGCCCGCCCAACCCGGUCGACCACACCGGGCUCUGUCUACUAUCGCUCGACGGCGGGGGCGUGCGUGGUCUGUCGACCCUCCAUAUCCUCAAGAGCCUCAUGACCCAGUUGAAUUACGAACGUCAGAAGAGCGGAGCUCCGGUACUUAAGCCAUGCGAAUUGUUCGACCUUAUCGGCGGGACCAGCACCGGCGGCCUCAUCGCCAUCAUGCUCGGCCGGCUCGAGAUGGACGUGGACGAGUGCAUUACAGCCUAUAACCGACUGAUCAAAGCCGUGUUUGAAGAGAAGGCGCACUGGACACCGUUCAGCUGGUCAGGACGAGUUCAACCACGAUUCGACAGCAAUAAACUCAAGGCCGUCAUCGACGACGUCAUCACCCGUCAAGGUUACUCUCCGACGGAACCGUUCAAUGACGGGAAACCGCGCGGAUGUAAGGUGUUCGUCUGUACCGCGGCGAAGGACCCAUACGGAAUCAUACGCCUCCGAAGCUAUGACCUUCCCCAGAAACCGAACGUGUCGGCUACCAUCGGUGAAGCCGCCCUCGCUACGUCAGCCGCCACCGGCUUCUUCGAUCCCGUCUCGAUUGGAGCCCGACAGUUCGUGGAUGGCGCGUUAGGGGUGAAUAACCCAGUGGAAGAGGUGGAAGAAGAAGCGGCCGACAUUUGGUGUGCUGAAUCCGGCGACGUCAAACCACUGGUGAAGUGCUUCAUCUCGAUCGGGACGGGGAAUCCCGGUAAGAAGGCGAUUGAAGAUAAUUUGCCGACGUUCUUGUCGAAGACGCUAGUCCAGAUCACAACGGAGACCGAACAGACGGCUAAGCGAUUUGCGUCGAACUGGCGGAAGCACUUGGACCAGAACCGAUAUUUCCGUCUCAAUGUCGAGCAGGGACUCCAGGAUGUCGGCUUGGCGGAGUACAAAGAGCAAGGUCGCAUCGAGGAGGCGACGCAUCAAUACCUGGACGACCAACAUCAGAUCUCCCGCGUGCGGCACUGUGUGGCGAAUUUGAAGCAGAAGCAGAGUGUGUACCUAGAAGAUUUCGCAUAG